AGAGCCUGUCCUGCAAAUCUCUGAGCCACUCUGCUGCCUGCUGGUUGCAGACACGGGGGCACACCAUGAAGCUGACCCUCCUCCCUUGGAUUUUGAUGCUGCUCUCGACAAUCCCAGGCCCCGGGCUCACAGCAGGUGCCCAGGGGAGCUGCUCCUUGCGCUGCGGAGCACAGGACGGAUCCUGUUCCUGUCACCCAACCUGCUCGGGCCUUGGUACCUGCUGUGAAGACAUUCUGGACUACUGCCUAGAGAUUUCACCCUCCUCGGGCUCCAUGAUGGGUGGCAAAGACUUCGUAGUGCAACAUUUAAAGUGGACUGCCUCGACUGAUGGUGUCAUUUGCAGGUUUAAGGAGAGUAUCCAGACCCUUGGCUAUGUCGACACCUUGAAUCGAGUACACUGCAUAUCACCCUUGCUGUACGAAAGCGGCUAUAUUCCCUUCACCAUAUCAAUGGACAAUGGCCGCUCCUUCCCUCACGCAGGCACUUGGCUAGCUGCACAUCCCUACAAAGUGCCUGAGACCGAGAAGAGCCAGCUGGUGAAUGAGACCCAUUGGCAAUAUUAUGGCACUUCCGACACCGGGGGGAACCUCAGCCUCACCUGGGACACCUCAGCGCUGCCCACGCCGGCCGUCACCAUUGAGCUGUGGGGCUACGAAGAGACAGGGAAACCCUACUCUGGGAAUUGGACGGCGAAGUGGUCCUAUCUGUACCCUUUGGCUACGAACAUCCCCAAUACCGGUUUCUUUACUUUCACCCCCAAACCUGCGUUGCCUCAGUACCAGAGGUGGAAAGUGGGUGCUCUGAGGAUCAUCAGCAGCAGGAACUAUCUAGGAAAACAGGAUGUGCUGGCGCUCUGGACCAAUGAUCACGCACUGGCCUGGCACCUGGGUGACGACUUCCGGGCAGACCCUGUAGCCUGGGCCCGUGCACAAUGCCUGGCCUGGGAAGCAUUAGAAGACCAGCUACCCAACUUCCUGACGGAGCUGCCAGACUGCCCCUGCACCCUGGCCCAGGCCAGGGCUGAUUCUGGCCGCUUCUUCACUGACUAUGGUUGUGACAUUGAACAAGGCAGCGUAUGCACCUACCACCCAGGGGCUGUGCACUGUGUGCGCUCUGUGCAAGCCAGCCCCAAGUAUGGCUCAGGCCAGCAAUGCUGCUACACAGCAGCAGGGACGCAGCUCCUGACUUCAGACUCGACAAGCGGCAGCACCCCUGACCGUGGCCAUGACUGGGGUGCACCCCCAUACCGCACUCCUCCCCGAGUGCCUGGCAUGUCUCAUUGGCUCUAUGACGUCAUCAGCUUCUAUUACUGCUGUCUUUGGGCUCCUGAGUGUCCCCGCUAUAUGAAGCGCCGGCCCUCCAGUGACUGCCGUAACUACAGACCCCCACGCCUGGCCUCUGCCUUCGGGGACCCCCAUUUUGUCACCUUCGAUGGCACCAGCUUCUCGUUCAGCGGCCACGGCGAGUAUGUGCUGUUGGAGACCACACUGACUGAUCUGAGAGUACAGGGCCGGGCCCAGCCUGGGAUAAUGCCCAAUGGCACCCAGGCCCGUGGCACGGGGCUGACCGCAGUGGCCAUCCAAGAAGAUAACUCGGAUGUGAUAGAGGUGCGGUUAGCUGGCGGAUCCCAGGUCUUGGAAGUGUUGCUGAAUCACAAAGUGCUAAGUUUCACUGAACAAAAUUGGAUGGACCUGAAGGGCGUGUUCCUGUCUGUGGCCUCUCAGUACAAAGUGUCCAUCAUGUUGUCAUCGGGAGCUGGCCUCGAGGUCAGUGUACAAGGUCCCUUCCUGAGUGUGAGCAUCCUGCUGCCUGAGAAGUUUCUGACCCAUACCCGUGGUCUCCUGGGGACACUCAACGAUAACCCCAAGGAUGACUUCACUCUGCGCAAUGGGCAAGUCCUGCCCCCGGAUGCCAGUGCUCGGCAGGUGUUCCAGUUUGGAGCCGACUGGGCUGUUUCCAACACCUCUUCCCUGUUUACCUAUGACUCUUGGCCUCUGAUCUACCAAUUCCCGAACCCAACCAAGCAUGACCCCAACUUCAGACCACUCUUCCCUGAUGAGACCCCACCCAGCCAGUCAGAAGAUGUGGCCAGACUCUGCGAGAGUGACCACUUCUGCAUUCUUGACGUGAUAAGCACGGGGAACCCGAGCGUGGGCAACGCCACCCGGAUUGCCCAUCAGCUGCACCACCAUCGCCUGAAGAGCCUGCAGCCUGUGGUAUCCUGUGGCUGGCUGCCCCCACCUGCGAAUGGGCGCAAGGAAGGCUUGAAGUACCUGGAAGGGGCUGUUGUCCGAUUCAGCUGCAACAAUGGCUACAGCUUGGCGGGACCAGAGAGUAGCACCUGCCAGGCUGAUGGAACAUGGUCUACGCCCACCCCAGAGUGUCAGCCAGGGCGGAACUACACCGUGCUCCUGAGCAUCAUCUUCGGAGGCCUGGCCAUCGUGGCGCUGAUCUCAAUCAUCUAUAUGUUGCUUCACCGCCGCAGGAAGAGCAACACGACCAUGUGGAGAUCACAGCCCUGACACUCAGAGCACACUUGGCUGACAGCAUCAGGUCACGUGCUCGCCAAGACUCAGCCUUCCCCGGGAGAAGCGCAACGAACAAGUACCCUAGUCCUAUGAAUGCCACAUCUAGUGUCUGUGCCUUUAACACUAUGGAGCCAAUACCUGUGCCUAGCCUGUCCUGACUGAGACAUAAUACCGGAUAAGUCUUAACUCCCGAACCCUGCCUCCAACACGCCUCCAUCAGCAACCUGCCUCAAUCAGCCUUUUGUCCCAUCUUAGAACUGGAGUACCUAUGUCCCAAGCCCAGAAGUUCCUGCGUUGGAAGUUCGUAUUUCAGUCCCUCACUCCCCAGAGCCUGAUAAACUCAGACCUGGUGCCUGCCCUCCAGGGAGGGCCCCCAGAGAGCUAAGCUGCCUUGAUUCCUGCCCCGUGGCCCAACUUGAGAACUCAGGUUGGCCCCGCCCCACAGUGAAAAGUGGCCUCUGGGCCUGCGCAGGGAGAAAAAGAAUUGUCCAGCAGAGAAGAGACCUCGUUUGUAAACCACCAGGCUUUUCUACCUCUUCUCUAGCGUACUCAGGAACUCCCUCCCAUCCCCGUACGAGAAAACAAGCUCAUGUUACAUCCUG